CUCUCCCUCGCAGCCGCUCUCGUCCUCGCAGCCGCUCCGCUCUCCUCCUCGCAAGCCCACUCUCUCCAUCGCAACUCUCACUCUCUCCAUCGCAACUCAGAAUCAAGGUGACGGGAACAAACUCCCUGAACCUUUGGGUACGGGGCGUUACAUACUCUCUGUCAAAGUUUCAGUCUCUGAGUUCCUGGGAUGAAGAGUUUGGAGGCCAAUGCCGGUGCUCUCACCAAUUUUGAAGUACUCAACUUUCUACGGUCUAAAGGGGCUGCAAAGGAUUCUACUCGGGUUCUUGCUAAAGUGGCACCUUCCGAGUACAAGGUAUAUGACUAUUUGGUUCAGAGUGCUGCUUGCAAGCAAACCAGAGAGAAUAUCAAUGAGUUCUUGGAAAGGUGUAAAAAGUAUGACCUUGCAAAGGCCGAGGUGCUAAAUAUUAUCAACAUUAGGCCAUCUUCUGCUGUUGAAAUCUAUUCGAUUGUUGAGGAAUGUGAGAAACGUUUUGGAGAUGCAGUUGAAGAGCUAGUAGAGUUGGUUGAAAACGUGUUGCCACCACCCCUGAUUGAACUGAAACCUGAAGGGAUUGAUGAAGGUAAAGAAGAAACUGCGAAUAUUGAUGGCGGCAAAGACGAACCUGCAACUGGGGAACAAAUGGAUGGAAGUUGAGGCCUUAUAAAACCGUUCAACUCGAAACUAAUCAAAAUCAUCAGGUAGUGUGAAAUGUGAAUUGCUUAAAUAUUAGAUCAUGCACAUGCUCAGAAUGCUAGGUGAGAAAGGUAAUACUUAAUUAGUUUUAUAGCUUAAUAUUAGAUCAUGAACAUGCUCAGCAACUCGUGAGAUUCCUUAAUCGGGUUCAGUUUAUAGCUGAGUUUUGCAUUAGAAACUAUAGCCGGGUCUACUCUUACAUGGAAAAUGCGCUUGCCUUGUUCAGUAAAUCUGGGCUGAUGACUGAUGUUGCAUUUGUUCAAGGAUGCUGCUACCUGAACCGAUAAAGCCAACCAAUAAAACGGACCAGUCACUGCAUUUGUAA